AUGCUAAAUGAAACCACUUCACCAUCAUCAUCACCAUCUCCUCAAUCCCCACCUUACUACGAACUCACCGAACCAUCUAACCCCCAAUCCCUAACUUUGGCUCAGCUGCAAGCCCGUGCUUUGGCCUCUCAACAGCCAUCACACUCUGAACCUGCACCAAACUUUCCUUCCCCACCUCCUAUACAUCCAAAUCGCACCACAUCUGAACAAACACCACCACCUACACAACAACCAACCCACUCUGAACCACAACCAACCCAACCACCAUCUGAACCAACCCCACAACAUGAAUUAUCCUCACAGUCACGCUCUGACAUUCCACCACCCAUCACUUCCGUUGACCCCACAACUCUCACACUCAAUCUAAGUGCCUCAAACUCACCCUCCCCAGCCUCUGCCACUGGACCAGCAACUACCCUACCUACCCUUGAAGAAGCAAUCCAGGUUUUUGCAGAGUCUUUAGUUGAGAAGGUCUAG